AUGGUCAGAAAAGGCGCAGUUAAAGGCAUGGAUAUAAUAGGAAGUCGCUCACCUCCCGAAUUGAUCUGCGGCCCAUGUAUACAAGGCAAACAAACCCGCGCGCCGUUCUCUAAGUCCCAAAACCACGCCUUGGAGCUACUUGAGCUCAUGCACAGUGAUCUAUGCGGUCCGUUACCCAUCAAAGCCAUCGGCGGAUUCCGAUAUUUUUCAGUUACAAUUGACAAUAAAUUGCGAAUGAUGUUCGUGAAUAUCCUGAAGAGUAAGGACGAAUACCCAUUGCGAUUCAAGGAAUUAAAAGCGUCAGUCGAAAACUUAAUCGGGAAUAAAAUCAAGAUACUACGUACCAAUGGCGGCGGCAAAUACCAAUCCAAAGAAUUCGAGAGCUGGAUGCGUACGAAUGGGAUACAGCAUCAAGUGACCAAACCUGACUCAUCGGAGAGUAACGGUGUGGCUGAAAGAGCCAUUCGUACCAUAAACGAUUGUCAGCAAACGAUUCGAAUCGACAUGAACAUGGCAGAUCGAUUCUGGGGAUAUGCGGUCAUUUAUGCAGCGUACCUAUGGAAUAUUACUCCAAAACGAUUCCUAAAUGGGCGGACCCCUCAAGAAAUCUUCACCGGAAAGGUCCCCGACGUAUCGCAAAUCCGCAUAUUUGGUUGCAAGGCAUGGGCACGCGUACCCGACAAUAAACAAACCAAGCUACAAGCAAGGUCAAUCAAAUGCCAAUAUUUAGGGUUUGCGCCAAAUCAAAAGGCACACAUACUGGUAGAGCGGUCAAGCGGGAAGAUCCUCACCUCACAAGAUGUCGUAUUUGACAAGGGCGGUGAAUCACGUCAACAAAUUAUCAUCGAGGAUUUUGAAAAGCCCAAAUGGAACGCCGAGCAAGUGGGCGACGAGAAAGAAUCAAAAACACAUACCAGGGAAGUUGAAAUUUCAGUCUCGAAAACAGAUGAGAAAAUUCAAAGAGACGGACCUAUGGUCAAAAUUGAUUCGGAGUCCAAAGCAUCUACUACAUCGCCUCACCAAUCGCGCGCACAGUCCCCGGAGACUUGCAAGCCAACGCCUGAACCUCCUGCUUGA